GAUUCAGGUGACAAGUCACUCUUUGUGUUUCACUUGUUAUUAUGUUUGAGCUGUUAGUGAACUAGGGAAAAUGAAAUCAGCGAGUGAAUUUGGGGUCCUGGGGCUGCUCCUGUCCACUCUUAUCAAAGGCGUCACUUUGUGUGGGAGCGAGUCGCUCACCAGAAUUAACAUGGUCAUCACGCUACAGUCUGAUGUUCUGCUGCCAUGUUACUUCAAACCAGCCACUCUUGAAUCAGACAAGACUGCAGAUACAGCAGCAGUGUGGAGUCACAGCAAUAUAACAACAGAUUGGAGACUACUGGAGAUCAGUCUGCAGGGUGAAGUAAAGUUCUGGAACAACAGAAAUAGACACAUUAGGCCGUUCCCUGAACACUCAGAAUCUGGGAACUUCUCCAUCCUUCUCCAUAAAGUGCAGCAGUCUGAUUUGGGUUUCUACCGCUGUGAGCUGUUCAGGGGGAACAGUUGUACACUUGCUUAUCAGGAUGUUUAUGUAAGCACAGCGUACAGCUCCAUGAAAUACUGGCAUUUCUUGCUCGGAGCAGCAGCCGCACUCUGCCUGUUGUUGGUGUCUUUGUGCUGUAUACAACGGAGAAGAAGAGAUACAGCAGAUCCUUUGUAUGUGAAUACUUAUUUUCAUGAAAGCAAAAGAGACUCAAAAGAAGAGGCUAUUUACGAGGUUGUUGUUCUGUUUCUCCUGCAUAGAGAACGACAUGGAGCUCAGAAAACUGAAGAGUACCAGCAGAGAGUGCUGUCAAAGUACAACACAAGAAAACCCAAUCUAUGUCAACUGUGAGAGAAAUAAGACGUGGCUGUGAAGAAACUGUAAAUUCAGGCUUUAUAAAGCUCAAUAACAUCAAACAGCUUUUUAUAUGUACUUUAUGUUUAUUUUCUUUAUUAUGAUAAUAGGAGUGAGAACUUUACAGUCAAGGCUACAGUAACAAUUAUUAUAUCACAGUUGUACAGUUGUUUUUGAUACAUCACAGCUGUCCAGAGCAGGAACAUGUUGAGAGUCUUAAAAGCUAAAAAGAACCUUUCUUUUUACUGGAUGUUCUUCAGUCAGUCACAUUAACUGUGAAUAUAUUUGUUGUAACAAGCAGUGAACUGAAACUUCUUUUCAGUUGGUUGCUCUGAAUUAAGGCUUCACCUGUUAAUCGAUGUCAUUGAUAAUGAAAAAAAAAUGUUGGCAUUGAAUCUUAUCAGAAAAUACAGCACAGGGUUCUCUAUUACUGAAAAAGUCAAAAAUAUGGGAACACGUUAACAUUGCCUAACGUCAUCUGUCUGACGUGGCUGCCUCAGUGUGCUUACUAAAAUCAGGUUUGAUUACAUGGUACUGACCACACAAACGAAUUAAUUUAUCUUUGCUACAUCAGUCCAUUUAGUCUUUUUUUCAUUCUGACACCUUGCAGUGAUAACUUUUUCUUUUGUUUGUUCAGAAUGGAGACUUGUAAUAAACUGUGUAUCUCAAGAUGUUGAAA